UGAACUGAAGUGUACGGCGGUGAGGUCUGAAUUUCUGAAAGAGAAACUGGAAUUCGGAAACUCAGAAAACCAUUAUUUAUUUUAAAUUGUGACUUUGGCGUUGGCUCGCCAAUAAUUAUUAAGUGGUAGCUAAUUUGUGAUUAAUGUGAUAGUACUUAACUAGAAUUAUUGAUUGUGUGUUACUAAAACUGAAGGAAUAAAGAUUUUCAAGUGUACAAUGUAUGGCAGUAAUUAAAAAUGUCUUGUUACGAAAAAUUAAAGCUCCUUGUCUGGAAGAAUUUUCUAUUACAGAGAAGGCAUAAAUGGCAAACCAUAUUUGAAAUAGCGUCUCCUGUGAUAUUUUCUUUAUUUUUAAUACUAAUACGAUGUCUCGUCGAUCCGCAAUCGCAACCACAAGUUGCUUAUCCACCUUUCCUGCCAACAUACUUCAAUAUGACUGGAAAACAAUUAGGGAACCUAACAUCUGCAAAAAGAGAAGGCACUUUGGCUUUCUCCCCAGAAAACCCACUCACCAGAAAGGUGACACAGGAUGCCAUGGCCAUGGUGGCAUUAGAUAAUCUUGAUGGUUUCAUAGCUCUAUUGUUUGACACUAAAAUGCUCCCUGAUCCCAAAGGAUUUAAUGAUUCUAAGGCACUUGAGGUAGCCCUAACUCAACCAAAUGCUAUGAAUCACAUCCUUGUUGGUAUACAAUUUGAUGAUAAUAUGGCAAAUGCUACAGAGUGGCCGGAUAAUAUUGAGGUGACAUUGAGGUUUCCAGCAGUAAUGAGGAUUCCUAUGGUGGAACAUCCAUUGAGGAUUAGCUGGAGGACAAACCUCUUAUUCCCAUUAUUCCCACAGCCAGGCCCAAGGGAUCCUGAAGACAUGUAUGGGGGAAAAACACCAGGUUAUUCUCCGGAAAUGUUCUUAGCCGUACAACAUGCCGUUUCCCAAACAAUAAUAAAACAAAAGACAGGCAAGUCGAUAAAUACUAAAGUGUACCUUCAACGUCUACCUCAACUGCCGUACAGGAAGGAUGAUUUACUAGUUGCAAUGGAGAGGUUCAUAUCAAUGAUCAUUAUGAUGUGUUUUGCUUAUACUUUCGUCAACACUGUGAGAGUCGUCACGGCUGAGAAGGAAAUGCAGCUAAAGGAAACCAUGACAAUAAUGGGACUACCUUCUUGGCUCCACUGGCUGGCUUGGUUUAUUAAGCAAUUCUCGUUCCUAUUGAUUUCUAUUCUGCUUAUGGUCAUAUUGUUUAAGAUCCCGUUCAACUCAACCGAAGACGGAGAAGGGUAUGCAGUGUUAACUUUCACGCCUUGGACAGUUUUGUUUUUCUUUUUGAUGCUAUUCGUUAUAGCAUCUUUGGCCUUCAGUUUCAUGGUCAGCGUAUUUUUUACUAGAGCGAAUACAGCCGCGUCAUUCAUGGGCCUCAUGUGGUUUUCAACGUAUGCGGCAUACAUGCUCACCCAGAUGCUCUAUGAGGAUAUAAGUCUCACGACUAAGUUAUUACUGAGUCUGAUAUCGAAUGCAGCGGUGGGAUAUGCGCUUCAAAUGCUGAUCAUCUGUGAAGGCACCUCGAGAGGCUUACAAUGGGAGGACUUUUUCACCCCCGUAUCCUAUCACGAUCAGUUCCAACCUGGUCACGUAGUCUUAAUGUUAAUUUUAGAUAGUAUAUUAUACAUGCUAGUGGCCAUUUAUGUGGAGAAAAUUCGUCCGGGGAUGUACGGCGUCCCGUUGCCAUGGUAUUUUCCCUUCACCAAGAGCUUCUGGUUUCCUAGUAAAUCGAAAGUUGCUGCCGUGACAAAUAAAGACGGUGUUGAUCAGGAAUAUAAAAAUGCCUUGUUGAAAGUGGUUCACGAUGAAGAACCGAAAGGAGUACCGAUGGGUAUUAAUAUCGAAAAUCUCACAAAAGUGUACAGAGGACGAAAGAAAGCUGUAGAUAAUUUAAACCUUAGGAUGUACGAAAAUGAAAUAACAGUAUUAUUAGGUCAUAAUGGCGCCGGAAAAACCACAACCAUAUCGAUGCUAACCGGUAUGGUCCCACCGACGUCCGGCUCGGCGACCAUCAACGGGUACGACAUAGUUACUGAGACGGAGCAGGCGCGCGAGUCCAUCGGCAUCUGCCCGCAACAUAACGUGUUGUUCCCUGAUCUCACGGUCGCCGAACACAUUAUAUUCUAUUCGCGGUUAAAAGGAGUGCCUGCGUCGAAGAUAAACGAUGAGGUCGAACAUUUCGUCAAACUUCUGGAGCUGCAAGAGAAGAGGAACGUGAUUUCAAAGCACUUAUCGGGCGGUCAGAAGCGUCGCCUGUCUGUUGGCGCAGCGAUGUGCGGUUCGUCUCGAGUGGUGUUAUUGGAUGAGCCCACGUCAGGCCUCGAUCCGGCCGCCCGUAGAUCGUUAUGGGAUCUGUUGCAAAAAGAGAAAAAAGGUCGGACAAUGAUCCUAACAACUCACUUUAUGGACGAAGCAGACGUGUUAGGGGAUCGUAUUGCCAUCAUGUCCGGGGGGCGCUUACAAUGUGUUGGGACACCUUAUUUCCUGAAGAAACACUAUGGCAUUGGAUACAAAUUGACUAUAGUGAAGAUGGAUCAUUGCAACGUACAACAAGUCACUAGAUUCUUUAAGAAUUACGUGCCUGAUGUUAAGGAAAAUACUAAUAUCGGCUCUGAGUUGACGUAUAUCUUACCAAACGAACACGUCAGUAAAUUUCCUGAUAUGCUUAAGAAAUUCGAAGACGAAAAGGAUGAUUUAAAAAUUUCUAGUUAUGGUUUGUCAAUAACGAGCCUUGAAGAAGUCUUUAUGAAAGCGGGUGCGGAAGACAACGAAGUGUCAUCCUCUAAAAAAAAUAAUUACAAAUAUUUAUACAAUGACUGUGCCAUAGUUCCGAUCAACGGACACCGUAACAGUAUAAUAGACAGCGAGCCCAUACAGAAAGUGCGCGGGUUCAAACUGUUAAGGAACCACAUAAAAGCAAUGUUCUUGAAGCUGGCCUACAAUACAAUGAGGAAUAAAUUGGCUUCAAUGAUACAGAUAAUUACACCUAUUAUAAACAUUACUAUAUCUGUAUGUAUAGCGAGGUCAUGGAAAUUCAUGACGCAGCUCCCACCAUUGGAACUUAGUUUGAAAAGUGGUUUUAGGAAAACUGAAACUCUGCUAUCACAAGGAGCAAAUUUGACUGACAACAGUUUAGAAAGAAGGGCGAUGAUGGCUUACAAGGAUUACUUCAAAACGGUUAAUGAUGCGAACAUGCUAUUGACAGAUAUAGGACAGUUAGACUUAGGGAAAUUUUAUUUGAAAUUGAGCGAGGCAGAUCUACCUCGUGUUCGCUAUGAGAACCUUAUCGGCGCUACAUUCGCGCCGCACCGCAUCACCGCCUGGUUCAGCAACUAUGGCUACCACGACUCUGCGAUAUCAUUGGCUCUCGCGAACAAUGCGAUAUUAGAUGCGCUCUCCCCGGGCAGCACGUUGUCUAUUGUAAACCGUCCUCUGCCAUACUCCAUAGAGAAUUUAGUAAAAGUAAUGGCAAGUGGUAGCAGUAUGGCAUUCCAAUUUGCCUUUAACAUUGGAUUCUGUAUGGCAUUUGUGACAUCUUUCCUCGUGCUUUUUGUCAUUAAAGAGCGCACAAGCGGCGCGAAGCUUUUACAGCGCGUGUCAGGAGUUCGGCCUGCCAUUCUUUGGACAACUGCACUAAUAUGGGACUGGUUUUGGAUGCUGAUGGUGUUUUUCGCCAUAAUCCUCACAUUAGCUUUCUACCAAGAAAACACUUUGGCCACACCCCAGGAAUUAGGCAGAGUUUUGCUCGUACUGGUGACAUUCGCUUUCGCGAUGAUACCAUUGCAUUACCUGGCCGCGUUUUACUUCGAAGCCGCUGCUACGGGAUUCUCGAAAAUGUGUUUCAUCAAUAUUUUUUCAGGUUGUAUGCCAUUCCUGAUAACAGAAGUUCUAAGAUUGCCCGUAGUUGGUAAUCCGUAUUAUGCACACAUUUUCGACUGGGUCUUCUCACCAUUGCCCAUCUAUUGCAUCUGUAGAAGUUUCAGGGAUAUGAGCCAUUCGUCAUUCUCGAUGCUGGCUUGUGACGCGCUGUGCAAGCAGUUCGAGAACAUAGAGAACUGCACGCGACACACCGUGUGCCACAAACUCAACGUGUCGGUUUGUUGUAUCGAUGACGACCCGUAUCUUAAAUGGAGUGAGCCAGGCAUCGGUCGAUAUUUGUUUAUGAUGACUCUGGUGGGACUUCUUGGCUUUACAAUUCUGCUCAUAAAGGAAUAUGAAGUCCUGAACAAGAUUUUCUACACGGAAAGUUCAUACCGGCCGCCGCCGCCUAGUCCCGAUGAAGACAGCGAUGUAGCCCACGAGCGCAAAACCGUCCAAUCUCUCACUCGGCCCGAAUUAGCGCAGCAUAGCCUCGUGUGCAGAGACCUCACCAAGUUCUACAAGGACUUCCUCGCAGUUAACAGGCUUAGCUUCGCGGUGAACAAGGGCGAGUGUUUUGGACUGCUGGGCAUCAAUGGUGCUGGAAAAACAAGCACGUUCCGCAUGCUGACCGGCGACGCGCGCAUCAGCUGCGGCGACGCCUACGUGCACGGCCUGUCGCUCAAGACGCGCAUAGAGGACGUCCACGCGCACAUCGGAUAUUGCCCGCAAUUCGACGCGUUGUUAGACAACUUGACGGCGCGGGAAACUCUCAAGAUAUUCUGCCUUCUUCGCGGUAUUCCGGUGAAAGUGGGGUCAGUGAGAGCGAUACAGCUGGCCGAAAUGUUGGGAUUCAUGAGACAUUUUGAUAAAAAGGUACACGAAUGCAGUGGUGGGACUAAGAGAAAAAUCAGUACAGCUCUUGCACUACUAGGGGAUUCACCAUUAGUGUUCCUAGAUGAACCGACCACAGGUAUGGACCCAGCAUCAAAGCGUCUAGUGUGGUCGAGCAUCAACGACGCGGUGUGCGGCGGACGCAGCAUCGUGCUGACGUCGCAUAGUAUGGAGGAGUGCGAGGCUCUGUGCUCGCGCCUCACUGUCAUGGUCAACGGCCGACUGCACUGCUUGGGGCCGCUACAACAUCUAAAGAAUAAGUUUUCCCAAGGGUACACUCUAAUAGUGAAAUGUAAAGCGGGACCAGAAAGGGAUACAAAUAUAGAAAAUAUAAACCAAUACGUCCUCGAUAACUUUAGAGAUGCUAAGAUUAUAGAAACCUACCUCGGCAUAAGUACAUACUACCUCGACGACGCGGGGCUGCCGUGGUGGCGCGUGUUCCACCUCAUGGAGCAGGCGCGCGACCGCUUCAGCCUCGAGGACUACUCCGUGUCGCAGACCACGCUCGAGCAGGUGUUCCUGCGCUUCACCCGCGCGCAGGGCCAGCCGGACUCCUACCACAACUCUUUAUCCAGGAGAUAGACCUCAAAUGACGUUCAUAUUUUAAAUUUAGAAUAACUAAUACAUAACAAACUUUAAAAUAAAUAAUAAACGCGCGCAGGAGCCUGGUCUUGAAGAUGAAUUAACGUUAUGUGACGUAGUUUGUAAGAAAUAGAGUUUUUAAUAUUCUAUCGUAAUAUUUGGUAGACACCUUGCUAAAAAUGUUAGCUCCGAAAUGUUUUUUCGUUGACAGCCAUUAUAAUACUGCACUAGUGCAAAAAUGACUAUUACAAUAGUAUUUAAUAUUUGACUAUAAUAUACUUAAAUACCGCCUAACAUAAUAUGAUUACCUGUGCUACUGCUUGACCUUCGUGAUUUAUUUAAGUUGUUUCUUUGCCAACAAUUUGCCGCCAUUAAAGUCACAAGACCGAAAAAAAAAACUCGGAUAUCAGUUGUAUCGAAAGUCAUCGAAGAGUUUUAAUGCAUUGAAUAUAUUUAUGUUAUUGUAACUACAUAAUUAACACGCGUAAAUAAUGCCAUUAAUAAUGGCAAAAUUGUACAAAUAUAAAAACUAGAACUGACUAGAAUCAGGAGCAUGACAAGGAAAAAGCAGCUAGAAUUUAGCACAGCAUUACUAAUAUUAAUUUGUAUUCGCGUCAUCGUUGGUUAAGUCUGACGUAGCCGCUAAUUACAUACGUAUAAUGAAACUUAAUACUAAUCGAUGUGAUGUCUUAGGCGCAACGCUCACCUGCAGGGUGAAGUUUGAGCAGAGCGUCAUUUUUUAUAACAGUGCGUUUUCAACUUGCUUAAUGCAUCAUGUAAGCUGCAUAGUAUUAAUUCACAUUCAAGGCCGCGUUGUGUGUACAUCACAAACGAGGUUGAGAAUGAAAGAGAGUGCGUGCGUUAUCGCGUGAAUCAUAGGAUUUGAUAUAUGCGCUAUUGCCAUUGAGCAUGAGGCACAGGCAUACGUCUGGGUAGUUAGCGCAUGCGUCUAACGCAAGUUGAAAGCGCACCAGUGUAGUUAGACCAUUUGAAUUGAUACCGAAAAAGAUGCUUCGCUUCGCUCCACGCCACUCCGUAGGUACGCGACGGCUCUUAGUUCUUACUACUUACCUCUUCUAUUUUAUACAUAUAUUAAAUGUUUGUACGUGUAUAUGUUAGUGUUGUUAUCAUGUUAUUUAUACUUUAUACCGUCACAAAUACAAUUCCUAGCGUUGUUUUAUGGUAUGGUAAAUUAUAUACUUAAUAAUUAUAGCGAAUGGCUAGCAACUAGACAAUGAAGCCUUAGUCAAGUUUUUAAUAAUUCUAAAGAAUUAUUGUACUUUACAUUGUAUUGUACUUUAUCAAAUUAAAUGAUGUUUUCAAACUAUAAUAUGACGAUCUGAGAAUACUCAUCGUGUUCAAUAAACUAUUCAAUAAAUUGCAGUUUAUGGAUUUCUCAACUGUACAGUGAACUUCUUACUGUCUAAGACUGAAGUGUAGAUAGUGUAUAACCUGCCCCAAUAAACGACGUUGAUAUAGCCUUUCCCUUACCUAUACCUGUCCUUACUCACACGUCAUUUCUACAUGCAUAAAAAACGGUUUAUAAAAUAUAGAGUUGUGUAGAAUUUACUCACAUGUAUUAAUUUUAGAAAGAGAUUUUAAUCUUGAAAUUCCCGACUGUAGUUUAUCGGCAAUUUUUCGUAACGUUACUACUAUCGUGAUAUCUGCCUGCUUACUAAGUCAAAGUCAAAGUCAAAAUCAUUUAUUCAAAGUAGGUACUAUUGUACGCCUUUUGUACAGUAUGAAAAAUAGCUUGGUUCGCGUAAUAUUUAGGUAUGGCUGCGGGCCUAUCAGGCCAAUAGUUUACGACUAGCAAACUCUGAGCUGCAAAUUGGAUGCAAACCCAUUGAUAAAUAGACUACAAAAGCGUAGAGGCUAACCUAAUGAAAUGGCAAGCUAAAGCGGGUAAAGUACGUGUGAUACGUUUUAUUUGAACGCUCCAUCUAAAAUAUAUGGGAGUCAAACAGUCUGCCUAACUGUUUGCCUAUUGGGUCCGAACUCGUAGUAGGAUGUAUAUUCAUAUUCAUAACGUGUUUGAGUAAGGAUCAAAUCCUUGUUAUUUAUUAUUAUUGUCACUCCAAAGAGUACGUAGAUAGAUAUAAUACUACCACUUUUAUAAGUUACGCUGAUGUGCCUGCGCAGAAACCUUACUUUUGAAUGGCGCGAAAAUAUCUCAGCCAAUCAUAGUGCGCGUCCGUCCGCUAUUGGUUGUUGCCUACAUGUCUGUUUUGUAUGCGCGAAUUAGCACGAUAGCAAAUAAGCGAGAUAGCUAGAAUAACGAGUCUCUGUUAUUCUUGUGUUUAAAAUGUUUAAGUCAAGCAAUAAGGUCUGUAUUUCUUUGGUGUACAUUAAUUAGGUUGCGCUUUUUUGGGCAAACGAUUUUGCCGAUGCGACUUAUAAAAGUGGUAGGAACUGUAGUAAAGAUUAAUAGCUCGUUCACACAAGCUGCGUAAGCGUAGACGUAGCGUGUACCAUUGCGUUUUAAUGUAUGGAACUGUGGCACACCGCUUGCGUAAAGCGUGGACGUAUGCGUAACCCGGUGUGUUAGGGGUUUACGCGCGUCACUACCACGUGUCACGUGUACGCAAUUGGUGUGAACCGGCCGUAAGGGCCGAAUUUUCAAUCGCUAAAUAAUGUGUAACUGAGAAAUAACGAGAUUUAACUGUUUUUGCUUGGAAAUAUGUAUGUUUAUUUGUCACUGUUUUUUGUAUUGGACUAAUGUAAUCAAAUGGCUUUAUUUGUCAGUUGAAGCUCAUUUGGCGAUUGAAAAAUGAGCCGAAAACUAUGUAAGCUAAUUAUUUUAUGUGACUUAGAAUGGUGAUUGGUGCUUGGCAUGAUGUAAACUAGAAGUAAGUAGGUAUAGUUUCGGAGUUGAAAAU